UAUUGCAUGGUUUAUGCAUUAGCAUCUCAAAAUUUGAUUCUGAUGGCACUUCAUCAUCUUAUUCUAGUUUUCAUUCUCCUCCUCUUUGGUGGGAGCUCAUUCUUGAGGCUAGCAAAAUCAGCCACUAUUGGUGGUGGAAGGAUCAUAGGAGGGAACGAGACAGAUCAACUUGCUUUGUUGGAGUUCAAGAAAAAAAUUUAUGAUGAUCCGUACGGAGUAUUAAGUUCUUGGAACAAUUCUAUCCAUUACUGCAACUGGAGAGGGAUCACAUGUGGUCAUCAACAUCAACAACGGGCUAUCAGGUUGGAUUUACAUGGGAAGGGGUUGGUUGGUAGCAUAUCUCCUUCCAUAGGGAAUCUCACCUUUCUACAUUUCCUUAACCUUGGAAACAACAGUUUCCAUGGAAAAAUUCCCCAAGAGAUCGGUAAUCUGAUUCGUUUGCACACCAUUGUUUUUUAUGACAACAGCCUUGAAGGAGAAGUUCCUACCACUCUGGCCAACUGCACUCGUCUAAGAGAGAUUUGGUUCACCUAUAACAAUCUUGUCGGCAAGAUUCCGGUUGAACUAGUUAUGUCUUUGUCAAAGUUGGAGAAGAUUUCUAUUUACCGAAAUGGCUUAAUAGGAGAAAUACCAUCUUCUAUUGGGAACACUUCCACCUUGCAAUAUAUCUCUUUUGGUGAUAAUGCACUGAAGGGGAGCAUUCCAGAAUCCUUUGGUCAGCUAAGAAACCUAUAUUUUCUUAGACUUGAAACAAACAAGCUAUCUGGUAUGUUCCCAGUCUCACUAUAUAAUCUCUCAUCUCUUGAAACUAUUGCUCUGGUACAAAACCAACUACGUGGGAGCCUUCCACGAGACAUAGGUCUCACUCUUCCAAAUCUCAUAAAUCUAGAACUUGGAGUGAACCUUUUCUCAGGGAGCAUUCCGAGUUCCAUCACCAAUAUUUCAACACUCCAACUAUUUGAUCUUGAUACGAAUAGUUUUUCUGGAAAAGUCCCUAACAACUUGGGAGAUCUUCAAAAUCUUCAACGUUUCUUUAUCAGUAUAAACAAUUUUACUGAUGAUUUAGCUUUUGUAAAUUCCUUGCUCAAUUGUACACAUCUAGAGAUUGCCGACCUAGCAUUCAAUGGUUUUGAGGGCUUGCUUCCUAACUUUAAAGCCAAUCUUUCAACACAGCUCUCAGUACUUCAUUUGGAAGGUAAUCAAAUAUCUGGAACCAUUCCUGAUGGGAUUGAGAAACUCAUCAACUUAAACUCACUGGCCUUGGCUCAGAACUUUCUCCAAGGUAAUAUUCCGUUUAGUAUAGGGAAAUUUCGGAAGCUUCAAAGAUUAUUCUUGGGUGAAAAUAGACUUUCAGGACAAAUACCUUCAUCUAUAGGUAAUCUCACUCUUUUGUAUAGACUCCAUUUAGAAUCCAACAACUUGAAUGAAAGUAUUCCUUUCAGCAUUGGAAAUUGUCAACAGUUGCAGUACCUAACCCUUAAUGACAAUAGUCUCCAAGGCCCAAUACCUAAACGACUCUUUCUUAUUUCUUCCUUAUCAAUUUCUCUCGACUUAUCAUAUAAUUCUCUUGUCGGUUCCCUACCCAUUGAAAUUGAUAACUUGAAGAGUCUUUCUAUGUUGGACAUCUCCAAUAACAAUUUGUCUGGAGAAAUCCCCUCCUCCAUUGGUGAUUGCAAUAGUUUAGUCCAUCUUUAUAUGGGGGGUAAUUUGUUUGAAGGAGCCAUUCCUCAAUCUUUGACUCUUUUGAAGGGGCUUCAAGAUUUAGAUCUCUCACUCAACAACUUAUCAGGGCAAAUUCCAAAAGAUUUAGAUAAACUUUUAGCAUUGCGGAGAUUAAAUUUGUCCUUCAAUAAUCUUGAGGGGGAGGUACCAACAAAGGGAAUCUUUGGAAAUGCAACUGAAAUUUUUUUGAAUGGAAAUGAAAAGCUUUGUGGGGGAAUUCCAAAGUUACUACUGCUUACAUGCACAAACCAUGGAUCUAUGAAACGAGAAAAGUCCAAUGAUGUUAGAAUAAUUUUGGUAAUCAUCGGUGGGGUUCUUGGUUUUCUUUUGAUAUCUUCCUUUCUUACUCUUUAUUGGAUAAGAAAAUCAAAAAGUAAAUCUACAUCAACACCAUUAAUCGGUGAGCGGUUCUUAAAGAUUUCUUAUAGAGAACUCUUCCAAGCUACUAGAGGAUUUUCUUCAGCCAAUUUCAUAGGUUCUGGUAGUUUUGGCUCUGUAUACAAAGGGGUUAUCAACCAAGAUGAAACCAUUGUCGCAGUCAAGGUACUCAAUCUUCAAAAUCCAAGAGCUUACAAGAGCUUUACAGCUGAAUGCGAAGCAUUAAUAAACAUUCGGCAUCGAAAUCUUGUCAAGAUUUUAACUUCAUGUUCAAGUCUCGAUUCAAAGGGAAAAGAUUUCAAGGCCCUUGUUUAUGAGUUCAUGCCCAAUGGGAGUCUAGAUGAUUGGUUGCAUCUGCCGACAGAGACACAUGAUCAUUCAAGGAAUUUAAGUCUUCUUCAAAGAUUAAGCAUUGCAAUUGAUGUGGCUUCUGCAUUGGAUUACCUUCAUUACCACUGUCAUGCAGCAAUUGUUCAUUGUGACUUGAAGCCAAGUAAUAUUCUACUUGACAGUGAUAUGACUGCACACGUUAGUGAUUUUGGUUUGGCAAGGCUACUUUUAGAACCUGACGACAAUUCAUCUCAGGUUCAAACUAGUACCAUCGGGAUAAGAGGAUCUAUUGGCUAUGCUGCUCCAGAAUAUGGUAUGGGUGGAAGGGCAACCAUACAAGGGGACGUGUUUAGCUAUGGUAUCCUUUUAUUGGAGAUGUUCACAGGAAAAAGGCCAACAGAUCAGAUGUUUACUGAUGACAUUAAUCUGCAUAACUUUGCAAAGAAAGCUUUCCCUGUACACGUCAUGCAAAUUUUAGAUCUUACACUCUUAUCCAAGGAAGAACAAAGUGAAGAAAUUGAAGAGGAUGCUAUCAACAGAACUGAAAGUCAUUUGAUAGAAAAAUAUCAAGAUUGCAUAACGUCAAUAAUUGAAAUUGCACUCCAGUGCUCCAUGGAAUCGCCAGGAGAACGUAUGAAUAUGAAUGAUGUUAUGAGGGGACUACAUUCGAUCAAAGGAAAAUUUUCUUGAAGCAAGGAUCUUUCAAUAAAUUGCAACUACUCCUGAUUAGAAGGUGAUUAUGAAUUUAUUAUCUUCAUAUCAUAAUAAAUGAAUGUUUAGCCCAUUAAAAGAAUAGUUUUAAGUUGGGAUUAGACCCUUUAAUGAAUCUCUCUCUCUCUCUCUCACACACACACACAAACAAGAAUAUGAAAAUGUCAUUGUGGACGGAUCCGUGGGCCCUUGUUAGGCAGAAUCUAUCAAGUGUGAAAUGUGCCUUUGAUUUGUCCUUUUUUUCCAAUUAAUGUUGUGGAAGCUAUUCUUCAGAUUAAGGUUAAAUGAUUUGGCAAAUUGUUGGGUAUAUCCUUGUUUGAAAUCUAGGGUUUUACUACUAAAAUAGCUGCUAAUGUUCUGUUGAAAAAGUUUUUUUCCACCCACAUGUGUAUCUAUAUUUCCUAAGGUUUGGAAGUUUGUUUGGUCCUUUGCAUAUUCACCCGAUGUUUGGUUUAUUGAUGGGUUUCUGACUCUAAUUUAUGUUCCUUUCUUCCUUUUAAUGAUAUGUCAUCUUCAUCUGUGGAGGAGACUUGUAUGAUCCUAAUUGAAUAUCAGGGACUGCAGAAGGGUGAUAAACCAGUAGUUAUCUGUGAUGGGAGUUGGGGUCCUAUUACCAAUCAAAGACACAGGAUGGUCGUCAGUUCUAUUUUAUAACACUCCUUUCACUGGUGUUUCUCUGGAUUAUGAUGUUGCAGGAUGCGUACAGGAAGGCCUCCUUCAAGGACUACCAAUGAUCAAGGAUGGGAAGAAAUAGAAUUUUGGUCUGAUUGUGAGGAGUUGAUUUUUUGGUUUCAAGAUGGAAAAAAAAAAAACAAGAUGUGGCAUUGGGAAAUAUUCUCUAUUUUGUAUGAUAAUUAUUAGUUUAAAUCUUAUGAUAUAAGUUAGUUGGGUUUGCGAAGAAAGAAGGAUAAUUUCUGUGGUCGAUAAAAUGGUUAGGAAAGCUACAAGGGAGAAAAGUGUCCUCUCCGUCAGUGAAUUCAGAUUAACAUCUUUUGCCUUUUAGUUAAUGUUUCA